AUCAUCAGAAACCAUGGAGAAUAUCAUCUCUCAUUGUGGAUUAACUGGCGCAAUCACCGGAGGAAACUCUGUUCAACAGCCCGCUAAUUUGUGGAGACCUUGGGAUGCCAAAGUAGGCAGGGACGCGACACACAUGCCACACACAAAGACAAUUGGAGGAUUUCCAGACACCAAACACUGCAAGAGUCCUCAGAUCACUCACCCAGUAAAGUUGUUCUGGCCCAAAUCGAGAUGCUUCGAUUAUCUGUACCAGGAUGCAGAGAUGCUUCUGCGCAACUACCCAGUCCAAGCAACUAUCUGCCUCUACGAAGACUCGAGCAGUGAUGAUGAUGAGGACGAUAGUGAUGAUGACGAGGAAAAAGACAGCGUGAAGGAGCUGAAUUUAAAAAAGCCCCUUCUCUCCAAUUGA